AUGAAUGAACCCGCGACUAUAACCAGAGCCUGCUUCAGCGAGUAUUCAGUGAGACAGGGGGCUUCAACCUCCCACACCGUAAGUCAAGUGUGUCCGUGUUGUGGCGCUGAGCGGGGGGUGUGGUUUGUCGGGGGAAAGAAGGGGGGAUUUGGUGGGGGGGUUUUUGACGUUGGGGUUACGGGUUGGGAGAUCGAGGGUUGGUGCUGCGAUGGGAAAGCCUUGGUCAGGAGGCAAGUCAGAGCCACAGCGCUCAGGCGAGACCUCAAAGUUUUCCUCUACCAUUUCAAAACCCACUCGAAUGUUUUGGUUGGGGAAGCUCAGAUCCUCGGCAGGAAGGGAGUCUUUGUUCUAAUUGCUGUUGUGACAGAGUUCGAUUCCUUCGUAAACAGCCAAGAAUGGACAUUGAGUCGAUCCGUGCCAGAACUCAAAGUGGGGAUUGUGGGUAAUCUGUCCAGUGGGAAGUCUGCCUUGGUCCACCGGUACUUGACAGGGACUUAUGUGCAGGAAGAGUCUCCAGAAGGUGGGAGAUUCAAGAAAGAAAUAGUGGUGGAUGGACAGAGCUAUCUUCUUCUGAUCAGAGAUGAAGGAGGGCCUCCGGAAUUACAGUUCGCUGCCUGGGUGGAUGCAGUGGUGUUUGUCUUCAGCCUUGAGGAUGAGAUCAGCUUUCAGACCGUCUACAAUUACUUUCUGCGACUGUCGAGCUACAGGAACACAGCCGAGGUCCCCAUGGUGCUGGUCGGGACGCAAGACGCCAUCAGCGCCGCGAACCCCAGAGUGAUCGACGACUCCAGGGCUAGAAAGCUUUCCAACGACCUGAAGCGCUGCACGUACUACGAGACGUGCUCCACCUACGGCCUGAACGUGGAGAGAGUGUUCCAGGACGUUUCCCAGAAGGUGGUGGCUAUGAGAAAAAAGCAGCAGUUGUCCAUUGGUCCUUGUAAAUCUCUUCCCAACUCCCCCAGUCACUCGUCAGUCCCCGCGGCUUCACUUCCCUCUGUCCACAUGAACCAGGCGGCCAAUGGCGGGGGUGCAUUCAGCGACUACUCCUCCUCCGUCCCCUCCACCCCCAGCAUAAGCCAGCGGGAGAUGCGCAUCGAGACCAUAGCCGCCUCCAACACGCCCACGCCCAUCCGCAAGCAGUCCAAGCGCCGCUCCAACAUUUUCACAAUCCUUUCUUUGCAGUGA